UCCGUUUAUUACUACGUAUUGUGAUUGACGAGUACCGCCCAUGUGACUCUGCGUUUGUUUUCGUUUGAUGAUGGCUUCCUCUGAGCUCUGCUGCUGACUAGCUGCCUGGGAGAAAGAACAUGGAAAAGGAGAGGUACCCGAAACAAACCCGCCACAGAAGCACUCCAAGACAGCAUCAGAAGAGAAAACAGAAAGUGAAAACCAAAGAGUGGAGAGGGGAAAUAAAUCCUCAGACUGACUGGGAAUGCUGUUUUUAUACCACCUGCCAGAGGACAUUCUCUACCUCGUCCUCUCCUAUCUGGACUGCCAGACUUUGAACAGUUUGUCCCAAGUGUGCAAGAAAAUGUACAAUUUCACCAGCAGGGACGUUGUUUGGAAGAGGAUAGCAAAAGAAUGCAUCAAUUCUGGAAUAACUCAAGAAGGGAGAGACAUAUUUCCUAGGAUCCCUCUAAAGGACAGGGUGAAGAUAUCUCAGAACUGGCGGAGAGGACGUUGCAGGAAGGAAGCUGUCCUCAAAUGGAAGAACAAUUUGUUGCCAUGGAUACAGUUAGAUGGCGGUGUUCUGUAUCUGUCUCAGGCAGCGGACAUCAGAGCGUACCAACUGAGAACAGAUGGCGGGGGGCUCCAGCGGAAGCCUGUGGCUGUGUACUCUGGGCACAGGGAAGAUGUGUGCAGGUUCAUCAUGACAGAGUCUCACCUGAUCAGUGCAGGAGUAGACGGGAAGAUCAUUCUGCACCAGAAACAGGGCUCGUUCAGCAUGGAAUACUCUGCUCACAACCAGGAGGUAAACUGCAUUGACAGCAAGGGAGGGGUCAUUGUCAGCGGUUCAAGGGACAGGACAGCGCGGGUGUGGUCCCUGUCUUCCAACAGACUAGGCGAGUGUUUGCAUACGAUCCCGACUCUUGACCGGGUUUGGUCACUGGCCAUUAGUCCCUUGCAAAGCUCCUUCGUGACUGGCACAGCCUGCUGUGGUCAUGUGGCACCUCUGAGAAUCUGGGACGUGGAAAGCUGCCAGCUGCUGACUUGCCUCGGGACAGAUUUCCGCAGAGGAGCCGGUGUCCUGGAUGUUGUGUACGAGUCUCCCUCAACACUGCUGUCCUGCGGAUACGACACUUUCAUCCGGUACUGGGAUGUCAGGGCCAGCACCAGAAAGUGUGUCAUGGAGUGGGAGGAGCCUCACGACAGUGCCCUCUACUGCAUCCAGAGCGACAGCAAUCACAUGAUCGCCAGCGGCUCCUCUUACUACGGCGUGGUCCGGCUGUGGGACAAGCGGCAGACACGAUGUUUACAGACCUUCUCCUUGUCCUCCCCUACCAGCAGCCCAGUUUACUGCCUCCGUUUCAACAGCACCCACCUGUAUGCCGCCCUGGCCUCUGCACUGUAUGCACUGGAUUUCAAAGGACUGGACUCACGGGGCAGGAAAUAGAACAAAUAUUACAAGAUAAAGCAAGAACACCAGGAGGUUUCCAAGACAGAUCUUGACAGACUAUUCCCAGAAUCCGGAAUGCGUGUUGGUGCUGGUGAUAAAAACUGAUCUCAGGUGCUGCACAAAUUCACUUCUUCAUGGGAUAAAUGAGGCUUUAUCUUGGAAGCCAGAGGCACAUCAGCUGCUUUCUGUUGCCUUUAACAUGCAUAUUGGGGAGGGGGGGUUCCGAGAUCUUCAGUUCAAAUUCAGCCCAGAUCCAUGCCAGUGUGCCUGACCUGGAGAGAAGAUCGUCUACACGGCUGAAAGUGUAUUCCAGACCCCCGUGUUCCAUCUAACAAAGGCCUUCUUUUUGUAAAGGAUGCCAGUGGUGCAAAGUGUAUUAUGUACCUGAUGCGGACUGCAGUCACCCUAGCUAUGUGAGACCACUAAAGCCAUAUCAGUUGCUAGAUUUGAACUUGGGUCUUCUUUAAGGGAGAACCUUUAUAAAAGAUUUCGUUUUGCUUCUACGCUCCAGAGAUUUGAUCAAGGGAAAAGACAUGUUCCCACUUGAUAAAACUCUGCUGGCCUCAAAUUCUGUGUGCUCAAUGUGUAUAAAUAUAUUUAAAGUAAAAUAACAAAAACAAAUUGGUGUGAAACAUUUACAUAAUCAACAUUUAAAUUCCUGCUUUAAAAAUAAAAACUGGAUGAGGCAAUGGGAAAUGUUUGUCAAAACUGAAACAUUAUCUGUACAAUUUAAAAAACAUAGGGAAGGCAAUUUUUGUUUUUAACAUUAUAGGAAUCCAUCCCCUGAGCAGCCAUCAUUUUACAGUUGAGUUUUUUUGCAUAUGACAACAUAGAAUUAAAAAACUUGCUCUUUAAUCAAAGACCAGAAAUAAGAUUUAGAGACAUAAACAUUGAUAACCCACAUGAUGAUUAAGAAAGCUCUAUUGAUGCAUUUUUUUAGGCUCAUAAACAAUAGUAUGAUUAGUCUGUGCAGAUGUUCAAACAACAGUCAUGUUUAUAAUGUACUGUCUUAACCAGCAUGUAUAUAGAAACUAUUAUAUUUUUCACAGCAUACUCUGUUGUCUUUUACUUUUAUUCUGUCAAUUAUGCAGUUUUGGUGAAAUAAGUUGUUACUGCUUUUAUUUGUU